ACACUCGGGCACUCGGCACUCCGCGAGCCGCCGAUCCGUCUCGCGUUCGCCAUCUCGCUCCCGCUCUCGAUCGUUCGUCCCCGCGACGCCGAAACGGCGAAACCCUAGGGCGGCUAGGCAUGGCCAAGGACGAGAACGGCUCGGCCCUGGAUGGUGCCGGCAAGGAGGAGGGGGAGAUAGCGGCGGCGCGCAGCCGCAGCCGCAGCAAAUCCCUAGAAGCCGCGGAGGAGGAGGAGGGGCGUUCGAAGGGGAGGCGACACCGGGGCCACCACGGCAAGUCAAAGAGGCGUGACGAGGGGGAGGAGAGCGAGAGCUCCGACGAGGACUCGGGGGAGCGGCGUAAGCGGCGGAGGAAGGAGAAGGAGCGGCGGCGGCGGCGGAGGAGGAGCCGCAGCGAGAGCUCGGGGUCGGAGUCGGAGCCAGAGUCUGAGUCGUCCUACUCGGGUUCCAGCGCGGAGUCGGAAAGCGAGUCGGAGUCGGAGGAGGAGAGGCGAAGGAGGCGGCGGCGGAGGAGGAAGGAGAAGGAAGAGGAGGAGAGGAGGAGGAGGAGGAAGGAGAAGGAGAAGAGGAAGAGGAAGGAGAGGGAGAGGGAAAAGGAUAAAAAGAAGAAGAAGCGGAAGGAUGAGAAGAAGGAUUUGGGGAAGAAGGCCGCAGUGACCAACUCGUGGGGCAAGUAUGGCAUCAUCCGUGAGGUCGAUAUGUGGAACAAGCGACCAGAGUUCACCGCAUGGUUAUUAGAAGUCAAGCAGGUUAAUUUGGAGGCACUGGCUAAUUGGGAAGAAAAACAAAUGUUCAAGGAAUUCAUGGAAGACCACAACACAGCUACGUUCCCAUCAAAAAAAUAUUAUGACUUAGAUGCUUACCAUCAACGGAUGAUGGAGAAAGAGAAAAGGAAUGGUUUAAAGAAUGCGGGUUCGGUAGCAGUCCGUACAGUAUUUAAUGAUGAGGAAGUGCGACGGUUAGAACUGUUGCAAGAACGUGAACGCCGAAAGGAGGAAGAAGUGACAGCUCUAAAACGCUCCAUGCAAACUGGAAUGGCUCAAGCGAUGAAGCAGCAGUCCCUUCUACGUGAGGAAAUGAUGUUACAGUACAAGUUGGGCAAUUUCGAGGCCGCAGCUGCAAUCCAGAAAAGGUUGGAUCCUGAUGCUCCCCCUCAAUAGGCGUCGACAUACCGUUUUCUCAGAAGUUAUUUCUCAUACAUCUUCAUGAGCAACAUACUGUGAUGUACCGCAGUUUAUUUGCACAAAAAGUAUACUGAGCUGGCUUGGAAAAUGCUGCUACUGUACCUGUACUGUAUAAUUUUGAAAAUUUUGCUCGUUAGUUUCAAGUUGUGCUGUAUGCAUCAGUUUGGUACAUUGAACUGUAAGAUUUUUCGAAGUUUUUCUACUCCAUAGGCAUCUCAUUGUUUUUUUUUAAUUCAUAUAGGCAUCUGAUUGUUUGUCG